ACACCGCUGAGUCAGCCCCCAUUCCGUUUCCGUUUCUGUCUUCAACCUCAGUUCAUCAUCCACCCACCCAAGCCUUUUCCACUUGUGUGCUGCUGUACUAGUAAAAUUUGAAGCUUUUCUAGGCUAGAAAAGCAAAUCUACAAGAGCAGAGCAAAAAUGGGGAGUGUGUCGUCGGAGGAAGGCUCUGAUCAGCACCGCCGGAGGUGCUGUGGCAGCUACAGUUUGAGUGCCGAUGUCAGUGAGUCAGAGAGUUCCGGCUGCUUCCCCUACCACGACGACACUGCCUCCACUACUUCCUUACGUUCCUCUCCGGUUCCUAAUUACCGCAUUCCUCACAAUAAUGCCCUCCCCAACCCCGGAUUCCUCCCUCCGACUCUUAUCUUUCCGGGCAUUCACGCCAAGGAUAUGAUGCUUCACCCUCACAAGCGCGAUGCCCCUUUGUCCGAAAUCGAGAUGAUGAAGGAAAGAUUUGCUAAAUUGUUACUUGGUGAAGACAUGUCCGGGGGUGGCAAAGGAGUUUGUACGGCUCUGGCUAUCUCAAAUGCCAUCACCAAUCUCUCUGCAACGGUAUUUGGGGAACUAUGGAGAUUGGAACCAAUGGCACCUCAGAAGAUGGCAAUGUGGUGUAGAGAGAUGGAGUGGAUUCUGUGUGUGAGUGAUUCAAUUGUGGAGUUUGUUCCCUCGAAACAGCAGCUUCCUGGUGGCGGGAUUUACGAAGUAAUGGAAACUAGGCCCCGGUCUGAUUUGUACAUGAAUCUCCCUGCUCUCAAGAAACUUGAUGCCAUGUUGAUUAGCAUUCUUGAAGGGUUUCAGGAUACAGAGUUUUGGUACGAAGACCCAGGGAUAAUUGUGGCCGACCCAAAUGAAUGCGGUGGUGCCUUUUCAUCAUCUGUAUCCAGUGGGAGGCCUUCAAUUAGGCAGGAAGACAAAUGGUGGCUUCCAUGCCCGAAAGUCCAUCCUAAGGGGCUAUCUGAAGAUGCAAGGAAGAGGUUGCAGCAGUGCAGAGGUUGCACGAAUCAGAUACUCAAGGCAGCCUUAGCAAUAAACAGCAAUGUACUUUCUGAAAUGGAGAUUCCUAGUGCCUAUUUAGACUCACUGCCCAAGAAUGGGAAAGCUUGUCUGGGUGAUAUGAUCUACCGUCAUAUAGCUGCUGAUCAAUUCUCGCCUGAAAGUCUUCUGGAUUGUCUAGACUUGUCAUCUGAGCAUCACACAUUGGAAAUAGCAAACAGAAUUGAAGCAGCUGUGCAUGUUUGGAGCCUGAAAGAUAGGAAAAAGCAUCCGAAUCGUCAGAAAUCAAAGCGUAAAUCUUGGGGUGGUAAGGUCAAGGGCCUGGCUGCAGAUGCUGAGAAGAAUCAAUUUCUGGCACAACGGGCUGAACUGCUCUUGCAUAGCCUGAGGCUUCAUUUCCCUGGUCUACCACAAACCACAUUAGAUAUGAACAAAAUUCAGUACAACAAGGAUGUCGGGCAGUCAAUCCUGGAAAGCUACUCAAGGGUAAUGGAGAGCUUGGCAUUCAAUGUGAUGGCAAGGAUUGAUGAUCUCUUGUAUGUAGAUGAUGCCACCAAGAACUGCAAUGCAAUAGGAUCUGUGUCCUUUUUCAACAGGGGAGGUUUGGGUGGUCUUCCUGUCCAAAUGCAAAUCUCACCGAGUCCAUUCUCCGUUCAGUGCACCCCUUAUACUUCUUCCUUUGCAACGCCAUCAUUCUGUUUAUCCCCUCUGGUCAGUGGUAGCCCCGGAAGAGCUGUUUCGCCACUGCAUAAGAAUAGCUAUAGGGAUCCACGAACCGUAAGUAAGACAAAGUGAUACAUGCUAACUUGGGUAACUUGUGGUCUUAUGCUGGAAGCCUCAGGACUAUAGAAAUGCUGUCACUCUAUAAAGAAAGAAACUUGCUGCCCUAUUUAUGCUGUUAGUGGCAGAGCAGGGAGAUUGAUGAGAGCCAAUUAGCAGAUGGAAGGAUUGAUUGGACUUGGAUACAGUGAUGCAGCCAAGGAAUUCUCUAAAACCUUACAUAGCUGAGGCAGAGUAAGUUUAGGCCUGAUAGAGUUGCCUACUAAAUUGUACAAUUAAAUCUGAGGAAAAGACAAGAUCUAACUUUGUACUUGUUUUGGUGUCGAGGACCAAAUUCCUCUCAGA